AAAAACAAACAUGGCGGACAAGGCAGACUUGAAAGUACGUCGUGAACUAUUGGAUCCGAAUUUUGACGGAUAUAAGCUUAGUUUAGACCCUUUACCAACUUAUACAUGCAAAUUUGAGAAUGGUAUUGAUUUAACUACGCUGACAGAGGAUCAGUAUUCAUACCAUCAUGCUAAACUGUUUGGAGUUCAUAACCACCUGCACAUGGAUCCAUGGAACACUGACAUCAUUUUCUUCAUUGACAAGAGCUGGGGUAUAGCUCAGGCACUGUCCACAGACAACAGGAUCAACAUUUGUGGAAAAGUUGGAACCAUACCUGACAUGAACAGUCAGAGCUCGGUGACUGGACGAUUGAAUGCUUCCUUGUACUUUGUGUCUGAAGACAUGGCUGUAGUUGGUGAUGGUGCUGGGAAACUACUUUUGUAUUAUACAGGAGCUAGGAAUACUGCACAGGAGUGGAAGGUUGUAUUUUCUAAUGAUCCAGUGGAGGACAAAGCUCCAUUUCUGCUGGUAGAUGCAGUGCUACAUUCAGUCGACAACACACACAAACUCGACUGUUUGUGUGUUCAUGUUGUGGAAUGUGAUUCAGAACAGAAAGACAAGUACAGAGCCACUCAUUUGACAGUCAUGGAGUGGAUUACUCUGAGUUCAGGGGAUAAAACUUCUUGGGUAUCAGAGAGGUGCAGGCGACUACAUGGAAGAAGACCAUAUGAUUAUGCUGCACUAAACAAGGAAGGCUCUGCUCUAAUUCUUGGGGCAGAGGCAGACUUUGUAUUUGAAUAUGAUUCCCUGAAACCUAUCAGAGAGGAGGAGCCCAUGGAAACAAACUCAAACGGCCAAGGAAAUACGGGACCAGAAUACACUUGGUCACAGAAUGCUGAGGAAGUAACAGCGCAGUUCACAUUGCCAACUGGCCUGACUAAAGCAGACAUAUAUUUCUCACUAUCGUUUGACUUUAUCGACUUUGGAAUUAAGAAUGGGAAGCACUUGUUGAAGGGACAGCUGUUUAGAGAUGUGGAAGUGGAAGCCAGCACAUGGACAAUUCAAAAUCAGAGGGUAGAGUUGACAUUGUGUAAGAAAGAAGAGGAGGAGGUGUGGUCACAGGUCGUGGUGGGGGACAAUCGGGGAGAAAUGACCAUGGACCCUGCACUGAUAGCUCAGAUCCACGAGAGAUUAGCUGGACUUACCUCAGACCAACUGAACCCAGACCCUGAAGAGGCAAGAGAAAAACCAUACAACUCCCAACAGCUGGAAGAGUGUGAUGUUUUCCCAGAGGACAGCUCAACUCUGAUGAGGUUCGAUGGAGAUACACAUAAAAUUACACACAAGACAAAUACUGGAAGUCACCAGUUCCUGUUCUCGGCUCCGCUGGAUAAAGAUAAACCUCUCGCACUUUGUUUACGACAUGAUGUAGAUGGCAUUGUGUGGCAGCCAGAGAAUGACUGCAAAGAACUGCAAUCUCCAUGGCACCAUGUUUCAACAUUUAAUGCUUUUGGUUAUGUACAGGCCUCGAAACAAAAUCGUAGAUUUACGGUGUGCGCCCCUGACUGUUCCUUUGCUGUUAUUUGCGACAUGUGGCGACUUGCAUAUGUAUACAGACAACCAGUUGCUAUUGAAACGGAAGUCAGAAAUCGCAAAAAUGGACGUCAAAUAAACAGUGUUGCCAAGCAACAGGUAGUUUCAUUGGAAUGUUCGGACCAUAUUGUUGGGAUUCAAACAACAUCACAAAAACUUUAUAUUUUGACUGAAUCUAUAUUGCAUGCUGUUAAAAUCAACUCCUAACAUUAUGCAGGUGUUGUAAUGCAGUCUCUGGGCUCUGUUUGAUAAGGAUGGUACAGGUACGCUUUCACACCCAAAUGGCCAUUCUGUCAUGUUGUGAAACAUCUUUAUAAUAACAGUCACAAUUAAAAAUACAUUCUA